AUGCCGCUACCUGAGAUUCAACGUUCAACGAGCGGUAUCUGCCAAGCGGAAAAUGACAGGGCCGACAGUUGCAAGGUCGUCACCCUUCAACAGGCCGGGGAAAGUAAAAUUGUGGUUGCUAGCCGAAGUCUAUUGGAGAGGGAGAAGCACCCCGACCGAAUAUGCCUGGACAAACGCGCUCUGACGACGUUUCCUUGGAUAGUCGACGAGCCGAAGCUCCGUCUGAUAUCGCUCCAGCACAACUCGAUAACGAGGAUCGAGAAGAGUUACCUCGCCCACCUCACCAAAUUGGUCUUUUUGGACCUCUACGACAAUCAAAUCGACAAGUUUUGCCACCUCGACCCGCUGGAAAAUCUUCGGGUCCUGCUCAUGGGCAAGAACAAAAUUAAAAAAAUCGAGGGCCUGAAGAAGCUGUCGAGGCUGGAGGUCCUGGAUCUACACGGUAACCAAAUAACGCAGGUGAGCGGCCUCCAGGAGUUGGGCCUCCUGAAGGUCCUCAAUCUGGCGGGCAACAACAUAAGGAGCGUCGGCUGCGCCGAUCUCCAGGGACUGGUAUCCCUGAGGGAGCUGAACCUCAAGCGCAACAAGAUAAGGAAACUCCACGGGCUGGAGAACACCCCGCAACUGCAGAAGCUGCACCUGAGCAACAACGAAAUAAAAAAGAUCGAGGACAUGAGCAGCGUGACGAAGGCCCCGUUCAUCAGGGUCGUGUCCCUCGACGGCAACCCCGUGGCCCUGACGCCCGACUGCGUCGCCUUCCUCGUGUCGUACCUGCCCAACCUACAGGUACUGUCGGCGAUGCAGGUCAACGAGCAGGUGCGCAAAAACGCCCUCGCCUGGCGAACCGCCAAGGAACAAUCGGACUCGGCCUUCUUGGACCUCAGCGCCCAAGUAUGCGGCGUCCGGCCCCGCCACGACGAGGCAACAAACAUCACCAAACAGCCCGGCCCAACGACCACCUGCCUCCAGCUACUAUCACCCGGCAAACCAAAGGGCGAGGGAGCCGAGGAUCCGGGCAAGGCCACCUCGAAACCCGUCGACCUGUCCAGCUCCAUCCUGACGCGGUCGGCCAGAGGCGUGGCGCAAUCGAGGAGCAGGUGCCCGAGGAGCCGACACCACCAGAAACCGAACCGCAUCCGAAGCUCCGUGUCGGACGGCGGCCACAGGGGGACCAACCACCGGCCGAGCGAACUCGACUUUAAGCUGCCGCCCAUCUUGGCCCCGAUAAUCGACAACCUGACCAGGAGCUGCAACCACCACCAGCAGCUACGCCCACCCGGCAAUAAGAGCCGCGGUGGAAAGGCCCUCGCGUCGGACUGCUGCUGCGGCUACCGGUCGUCCGACAGCUCCGACGUCGAGUCCUCGUCGGAGAGCCACCGCAGCCUCAAGAGCGCCCUGCGGAGCCACCUGGUGAGGUCGUCGGGGCACUCGGUCACCGCCAGGGCCGACGGGGAGAGCGUCAAGUCGAGGGGCAGCUUCGACUUUUGCCCGAAGCUCCUCGAGGACGGGGCGAGUGGGCGGGGUCGCGGGGGCCGGUGGACCGGCCGGGAGAGCCAUCGGUCCUCGAUCUCGAAGAGCAGUAGCUUGGACAGUGGCAACAAGUCCCUCGUGGAUGACUCGAGCAGCUCGACGGGGUCCAAGUCGAGCGGGGUCGCCCGGGUGACGAGCGCGCCCUUCGGGAACAAGCCAGCGGUCCACUACCGGAGCAACAGGGCCGCGACGGCUCGAGCCAAGCGCGGCGGCGACGUGUCCUCGCCGACCACCAGUCCGCCAACUCCGCUGCUUCAGCCGCUCCCGAUUCCGAACAGGGAACAGGGAGGCGAUUACUUGUUGGAAAUCGUUGGUCGGUGUUUGAACGUGUAUGGUCAGGGGGCCCUGAGAUUCAUCGAUUCGCCGAGGCAGUGGGACAGGGCCAACGACAUAAACUUGGUGAAAUUCAAUUACGUGCACUUCAACUCGAUCGCCGUGGUGUUGAACAAGUUGAAAAAAAAGUUUCCCAACGCCGUUAACUUUGAGUUCAAGGAAACAAACAUUUGCCACGUUGGCCAAUUGAACGCACUUGCCGAAGCCCAGGGACUCGGCACGAUUCACAUUGAGCACGAAGGCAAUCCCAUUAUGACCAAGAAUUGGAUCGUCUACGCGAUUUUUCGUCUGGGCCACUGGGGCUUGCACACUAUAAACGGCAUGCAAAUAACGGAAGAGAACAUGCUUUCGGCAAAUCAAGAAUAUUCUGGUCUGGUAGACAUCGUCAUGUGGGCGCUGCCUGAUGACCUUUUGCAGCCACUGUUGCACCGAUUGCGCUUGGAACGGGUACAAAAGCACACUGGCGAGCAGAUGACGGCCAAAGAAUUUUUAUUCAGCUGCGACUCGACGCUAAGGAGUGUGGUAUCCAAGGAAGCUUUACAGUGGCGCAGGAAUUACGUUACGCAGGAAGAUCUGAUCUGGAGGCACAAGGGAAAGAUUUUUUUUUCAAGUGCGAUCGAACAAACCGUGCAAUCCAUUGAAAAGUUGAAAAUUUUGGACAAAGAGUGGCCAAACAUAUUGCGUGAAAUAGUUUACGACACUCUCGGCUAUUACUCAAACAUGAACGAUUACAUGAAAAGUUGCAUCAAAGAUCUUGAGAACAAUAAGUGA